AUUGGUUAGCCCAGUGAUGGGUAUUAAGGAGGGCACAUAUUGCAUGGAGCAUUGGGUGUUAUACCCAAACAAUGAAUCAUGGAACACUAUAUCAAAAACUAAUGAUAUACUGUAUGGUGACCAACAUAAUAAAAUUUUAAAGAAAAGAGAGAAGUAAAUGUCUGGGCUCCGUCUUCCCCUCCUCAUUGCCUCCUCCUCAGCCUCCCAUUUCUCAGUCUUGGCUCUUCCUUAAGAGUGUCUGCCCCCUUCCUUUGAUUUUGUCAGGUCUCCAUUAUUUGGGGGCCUCCACCAGCUGGCGACUGAGGAGGUGACACAACAGAUAAUUGUACUCCUUAGGUUGUUCUCACCACUCUUCCUUCUCUGGAAAGCCCUUGUGACUGAGGGAAAUAACUCUUAUAGGUUGGGAAAAGGAGUGAACCAUAGACUUUGAAAAGAACUCUGGAGGACUCGGGAAAGGAGCAUGAAGUACAUUUGCUGAGCUGAGUUAGCCAGCAAAGUUGUGUUCUUAGGGGGAAAAUGAUCAUCUUGGGUAUCACAUGCCAGAUGCAGGAGCUGCUCAGUUCUCUAUAGGCUCCACCAAAACAUGGAGAACAGAUCUGCUGCUUUGGGGGGCAGUGUGGCUCAUAAGACUUUUUGGAGAAGUGACAGUUCUUUCAGAGGUGGGCCUUGGGGUCACCGGUGGGGAGAACAGUGGAUGAAGGGUACUUAAUGUGUUGGGAAUAUCUGUUGCUAUUGCAGUCCCACUGCGAUAGGUGAGACUCCUCGGCCCCUCCUCAACGGCUCUGGGAGUUCUCUCGAAUUCACACUGACCGGCCAUGCUGCCUCUCUUCAGCCUUAGCACACGCUCUUUCUCCGUCCUUCUCCCCAGGCCUCGCCCUGGCCAGUUCCCACUCAUCCUUCAGAUGGCAGCUUAGCUGUCCCUUCCUCUAGUUACUAAGCUGAAUUUGAUGCCUGUCUUCUGCUCCACAGCACCUGGUACUUGCUGGCCAUAAGGCACUUGUCCCACUCUACUGAAAUUGUUUUAUAUGUCAGUGGAUUUAAAUUCCUAAGGGCAGAGAGACUGUCUUCUCUUGUAUUCUUACUGUCUAGCACUGGACAAUCCAUAGAUGCCCAGUAAAUACAGUAUUUGUUGAAUGAGUAACUCAUCAGUGCUUUCACAUCAUGUCUUCUUUGACCCUCACCACAGCCUCGUGGUGCAGGCAGCCCAGGCCUCUGACCUCUUUUGGUAUCUCAAGAAACUGAUACUUAGAGAAGCUAAGCAAGCCGCCAGAGUGCACACAGUGGUGGGGAGCCAGGAUUUAAACUGGUAUCUUGCAGGCUCAAAUGCUCAUUACAUCAUUUUGUUUUUUUACAAGGUUUUUCCUUUAAAAAAAAUAGCAUUUAAAAAAAUUAAAAUUAAAAUAGUGUUUGUUGUUUUCAAGGCACCAAUAUUCCUGAAAUGUUUUUUCCUCACUGAUCAUUGGAUUUCAGUAGAGAGAAAUCUAGAUAUGAUUUUAAAUACCGUAUAUUCAGAUUCUAAAUUCCAGUGUCUAUUGGAGAAAAAUUAUUGUGUAUUUUAUUGAAAAUAAAACUUGGCUAAAAUAAUAAUAGCAUUAAAAAGUAAUACAUUUCAUUGUAUCAAAUUUGGAAAAUGCUGAAAAAUAUAAAGCAGAAAAUAAAAAUCACCCCAUCACACGAAGAAAACUACUAUAGAUUAGAAAUGUCCUGGAUGCAAAAGGUAGCAUUGAGCUUGAAUCCCAGUUAAACCACUGGCACUAACCAGAUGUUUGGUGUUUAGUAGAUUGUUUAACCUCUGAGCCUCGGUUUCCUCACCUGAAAUAUAACAAAAUAUUUACCUUGAGGGAUUAUUGUAAGAAUUAGAAUUAUUAUAAUGUAUGUAAAAUACAUAGCAUGGUGCCUGGCGUAUAUUAGGCACUCUUUCAAGUUGUAGUAGUAUUAACAUUUUUGUGUAUUUCUGUCUAAUAUGUCUACAUACCUGUGCAUACUCAUAAUUUUUAAGAUGUAUUCAUUUAUUUUAGGGAGAGCAAGCGAGUAGGGUGGGGAGGGGCAGAGGGAGAGGGAGAAAGAGAAUCCCCAGCAAACUCCCCGCUGAGCGUGGAACCCAAUGCGGGGCUCGGUCUCACGACCCUGAGAUCAUGAUCUGAGCUGAAAUCAAGAGUCGGACGCUUAACCAACAGAGACACCCAGGUGACCCAUACAUAUAUGUUUCUCCUGCACAUUUAUAUCAGGUAUGUCAUUGGGUCCUCACAGGGUUGCUGAAAAGGGCGGAUAUUAUUUUAAAACCUGUUCUGUAGAUGAGAAGGCUGAGACUCUAAGAGGCAAAGUAACUUGGCAUAGCCUUGGUGCCAUGUCUGCUAAUAUCUGAGGCAGGAUUUUCACUCUGGUCUCCUGUUGCCAAGCUCAUGUCCUUCCCUGUCAACAGUGUGCUUCCUUUCCAGCUCCACCUCCACCAGUACACGGAUGGUAGACCACCGAGUCCUAACCAAGGGGAAGUUUCAAAAACAACUCUCCUUCAACAAGUUCUGUUUCCAAGGAAAAUCUUAACCAUUUGUCCCUUCUGGCGUACCCUCUUCCAUUGAAAUCCAUGCAGAAUAGACCAGAGAUGGGCAGCAGUGAACCCCUUCCCAUUGCAGAGGGUGACAAGAGGAAAAAGAAGAAGCGGAAGGCCCGGGCCACUGACUCCUUACCAGGGAAGUUUGAAGAUAUGUACAAGCUGACCUCUGAAUUGCUUGGAGAGGGAGCCUAUGCCAAAGUUCAAGGUGCUGUGAGCCUGCAGAAUGGCAAAGAGUAUGCGGUCAAAAUCAUCGAAAAACAAGCAGGGCACAGCCGGAGUAGGGUAUUUCGAGAGGUGGAGACGCUCUAUCAGUGUCAAGGAAACAAGAACAUUUUGGAGCUGAUUGAGUUCUUUGAAGAUGACACAAGGUUUUACUUGGUCUUUGAGAAAUUGCAAGGAGGCUCCAUCCUGGCCCACAUCCAGAAGCAGAAGCACUUCAAUGAGCGAGAAGCCAGCCGAGUGGUACGGGAUGUGGCCACUGCGCUUGACUUCCUGCACACCAAAGGCAUCGCUCACCGCGAUCUGAAGCCGGAAAAUAUACUGUGUGAGUCUCCAGAAAAGGUGUCUCCGGUGAAAAUCUGUGACUUUGACUUGGGCAGUGGGGUGAAGUUGAACAACUCCUGCACCCCCAUAACCACACCAGAGCUGACCACUCCAUGUGGCUCUGCAGAGUACAUGGCCCCGGAGGUGGUGGAGGUCUUCAGGGACGAGGCCACCUUUUACGACAAGCGCUGUGACCUGUGGAGCCUGGGCGUAGUCCUCUACAUCAUGCUGAGCGGCUAUCCCCCCUUCGUAGGUCACUGUGGGACCGACUGUGGCUGGGACCGGGGAGAGGUCUGCAGGGUGUGCCAGAACAAGCUGUUCGAGAGCAUCCAAGAAGGCAAGUAUGAGUUUCCUGACAAGGACUGGGCACACAUCUCCAGCGAGGCCAAAGACCUCAUCUCCAAGCUCCUGGUUCGAGAUGCAAAGCAGAGACUGAGUGCUGCCCAAGUUCUGCAGCACCCUUGGGUGCAGGGGCAAGCUCCAGAAAGGGGACUCCCCACGCCGCAAGUCCUCCAGAGAAAUAGCAGCACGAUGGACCUGACGCUCUUCGCAGCUGAGGCCAUCGCCCUUAACCGCCAGCUUUCUCAGCGCGAGGAAGACGAGCUGGCAGAGGAGUCCGAGUCGCUGGUCGAGGGCCUCUGCUCUGUGAGGCUCUCCCCUCCCUGCAAGUCGCGCCUGGCCCGCCGGAGGGCCCUGGCCCAGGCAGGCCGCAGAGGCGACCCGGAACCGUGCCCAACUCCCGCCGCACUCUGACCCACUCCGGCCACGGCUUCCCGGACCUCGGCCCGCCCGGUGCAGCCAAAGUCUGCAGAGCACGCAGAGGAAGCUGCUCCGUGGCCCCCCGUCCUGGCCAAGGCCCUGAGGUUCCCACCCAACCCCCCAUCUCCCCGGAGUCUUCAAGGGAAAAGCUCCAUCCGGAGGGGUUAUCUUUGAAAAGGAAAGCAAUCACUUGUCACUUUGCAUAAUCGCCUGCGGCAGGGACAUCUCUGCCGGGCUCCCGCCCACCUGCUCACCCGCCUGCAGAUCCAGGAUCCGCCUGCUCUCCUGGGCGGGCGGGCAGCAGCGGGCUGGGGCUGCGGCCUUCAGGGAGCCAGGAUUGAGAAGCGGCAGUUGACAGAGGCUCUUGACUCUCCCUACACUGUCACUGCCCCCCCCCACCCCCCGCUGGUCCUUCCUUUGUCCUCCGGAUGUCCUCCCCUCGGCUGAGUGAAGCCAUCCCCUCAAUUCAGGAAAGGGCAGGGAGCCUUCCGCGUUCAGGAGGCCAGAUCGGUCUUCCAGUCUGUGGUACGGGAGAAGCACAUAAUCUUUCUUUGCUGGGACCAAAACGUGUCCCUCAUUUAUCAUCCUCUUCCUUGUUUGGGAUUGCUGCUGAAGUCCGUAUUAUUUCGUUUAAAAAAAUGUUUGUUUUUUUAACCAUGCACUUGCAGCAAAGAUGGGACUUUAAACUCCCACUGCAAGCCAGCGGAUUUUCCAGAACAUGUCAUGGCGUGCUCUUCCUUGAAUGUCCAUGCAUGUGGAAGGUUUUAUUCAGCUGUUUCCUGUUAUUCUAAUUGGUUUUAAGCUGUUAAGAUGACGAGUGACUUAGAGGCUGUGUCUGCUGGAGGGCAGCACCAGUCCAGGGCAGUUAGAAGGGGCUCCGUGCCCGAUGUAGCACCAGAUCGCAGGCAGCCCUGGUCCGAGCCAUGUGCCGGCCUGCUGCCAGAGAGCCUGAGGGCGCAUCUGGUCCCCCGAGAAGCCGAGCUGCCCAGCUGCCUAAAGAAAAUGGAUCUGUACAAGUCAGACAGACACACAGCAGUGCUAUUAUACAGUGUGCUUGUUUUAAUAAAACUGUUUUAAAUUCUA